AUAGCAUUGGAUGUGUUGCACAUCAUGGCAUUCAUCGACGAUUCUACUUGGCCAGACACAGCAGAUGAUCACCACGGAUGUUGCCCUAUCGUGUUGCCGAGACAACGAAUGGGUCUAGUACACCAUGUGAACGUAUCAUGGCAGGAAUUGAAGGUUGAGGACAUGGUGCAGCCGUCUGAAGGUUGGAAGGAUGCAAUGCAGUGAUGCAAGACAGAUGCUGUCAUCCGGUCUUUCCUUCCAGUCCUCAUCGCAAACGGCAGAUCGUCCAGUAACUGAACCAGGCAGUUAUCUAGCUGGUGCUGCCACUUCUACUUCAACAUAUGAUGCUGUCCUGAACGCCUAGUUCCAUACUCGCUGCACGGCAUCAAGUGCAAAGCGAGUGAAUCACCAUGAUCAGGAUGCCCAAACCCGCCAUUGCGCUGCUGUCACUGUUCUCGAUAGCAUCCGCGGCGCCUCUGGCAACUUGCCCAGGAUACCGAGUCACCAACGCCCAAUCCGGGCCGUCGUAUCUCGUCGCCGACCUGACUCUCGCCGGCACCAACUGCAAUCUCUACAGCGAAGACAUUACCAACUUGCGCCUGACAGUGGAAUACCAGACUGACACCCGCCUACACGUCUUGAUCGCAGACCGCGAGCAAAACGUCUACCAGAUCCAAGACAACAUCCUACCACGGCCUCUCUCACAAAAUGCCUCCUCCCAAACCGCCGAUCUUCGCUUUACCUACGAAGCCUACCCCUUCUCUUUCAAAGUUACACGCGUCAGCACCGGCGACGUCCUUUUCGAUACUUCUCCUUCACCCUUGAUCUUCGAAACGCAAUAUCUACGCCUGCGCACGCGCUUGCCUUCGAACCCGAAUUUGUAUGGGCUCGGUGAACACUCGGAUUCUUUCCGGUUGGCGACAAACGGAUAUAAGAGAACGUUGUGGAACUCUGAGGCGCCGUACAUACCGCAGAACCAGAACUUGUACGGGAGCCAUCCUGUGUACUUUGAGCACCGCGGUGGUAAUGGUACGGGAGGGACGCAUGGAGUCUUCUUAAGAAGUGCCGCGGGAAUGGACGUUGUGAUUGGGAAGAGCGAUGCCGGGGAGCAAUACCUCGAGUAUAACACCAUUGGGGGAGUGCUUGACUUUUAUUUUCUGGCCGGACCGGGUCCCGAGGAAGUAAGCAAGCAGUAUGCCCAAGUUGUUGGUCUCCCCGCAAUGAUGCCGUAUUGGUCGCUGGGAUUUCACCAGUGCAAAUACGGCUGGCCGGAUCUGGGGCAUGUCAAACAGGUCGUCCAGAACUACAGCGAUGCGGGAAUUCCGUUGGAGGCGCUCUGGGAUGAUAUCGAUUAUAUGGACAACAAGCUGGAUUUUAGUACGGAUCCGGUGCGGUAUCCUCAUGACCAGCUGAAGGGAUUUGUGGACGAACUGCACGGAAAAGAUAUGCGGUAUGUGCAGAUUCUGGAUCCGGGGAUCAGGUACAAGAGCGACUAUGGCCCGUAUACCAGGGGUGCCGAGAAGGAUGUGUUUCUCAAGGCAGCUGAUGGGUCCUGGUAUCGUGGCCUGCAGUGGCCUGGGGAGGUGGUCUGGCCGGAUUGGAUUGCGCCGCAGACAAAGGAGUGGUGGACAACGGAGAUUCUGACGUUUUAUGAUCCAAACAACGGGAUUAAUGCGGAUGGGCUUUGGGUGGACAUGAAUGAGGCGAGCAACAUGUGUGCGGACACUACUUGUCUCUCUUCGGCUCAGAAAACUCGCUCACUGCCUCAGUCCCUAAUCGGCAAAAUCCAUCCACGCGCCCCAGGCGAUAGACACCAAAAAACUCGCUCACUACCUCAAUCCCUAAUCGGCAAAAUCCAUCCACGCGCCCCAGGCGAUGGACAACACCUCGGCCUCCCCAACCGCGACCUCUUCACCCCCAAGUACCAGAUAGCGAACCACUACCCCACCCUCUCCAGCCGCACCCUAUUCACGAACAUCACCAACUCGGACGGCUCAACGCAAUACGACACCCAUAAUCUCUACGCCCUCACUAUGUCCUCUGUCUCUCGCUCUGCCCUCAUCUCCCGCUCGCCCACCAAACGUCCCUUCCUCCUCACCCGUUCCACCUUUUCGGGAUCCUCCCGCUUCGCCGCUCACUGGUUUGGCGACAACUUUUCUUCCUGGGCCGACUACCGCGCCUCAAUCCGGCAGCUCCUCAGCUUCAGCGCCAUACACAACUACCCCAUGGUCGGUUCCGACGUCUGCGGCUUCAACGGCCAGGCCCAAGAGAACAUGUGUGCACGCUGGGCAGUUCUCGGCGCUUGGCAGCCCUUUUACCGCAACCACGCCGACAUCUCCGCUCCCGACCAGGAAUUCUAUCGAUGGCCUUCUGUCGCCGCUGCCGCGCGCAAAGCGAUUAGUGUCAGGUACCGACUGCUGGAUUACAUUUACACAGGCCUUUACUACGCCAGCAAAACGGGUGAGCCGGCACUAGCCAAACCGCUCUGGUUUCUCUUUCCCUCUGACCCGGCAACAUACGGCAUCGACACGCAGUUCUUCCUCGGCGACGCACUGCUUGUGUCUCCCGUGGUGGAAGACGACGCCCACUCUGUCACGUUUUACUUGCCCCAAGGGAAAUGGUACGAUUUCUUUACGCAUCACCGGAUUGAUCAAACCUCCGCUGGCACCGUUACCGUGUCCGGAGUAGGUUGGGAUCAGAUCCCUGUUUAUAUUCGCGGCGGAAGUAUCUCGGCCCUUCGCCUUUCCGACGCUUCCUUUACGACCGGACAGGCAAUGACCACUGCCGAAGUCCGGACACGCAACUUUGAGAUCAUCAUUGCCCCUGAUCAGAACGGCAAAGCGAGGGGAAGAUUGUAUUUGGAUGAUGGCGAGAGUCUGGAUUCGAGUGGGAAGGAGAGCGAGAUUGAGUUUACCUGGGAUGGGUCAAAGUUUGAGGCGAAGGGGACGUUUGGGUAUGACACUGAGGGGGUGGUGGUGCAGAGGAUAGUGCUUUUGGAUGAUGGGGUUAGUGGGAAUGGGCAAAGGGAGGUGAGUGGGAGGUGGCCGUUGACGGGGGGUUUUACGACGAAUCUGUACAUAUAGGACGAGAGUUAUGAUGGGAUGGGCAGAUGCACCUACCUAUCAGGGGAAAAGGUGCUGUCUUUUUUGUUGCGUUGAGGGUCAAUUCGAGGACGAAAUCGUCGUUCUUUUCCGGUGGAAGCACGGUUGAUUGUCGCAUCAUUCUGCUGAUGUAAAUUGUAUCCGUAUACCUAUGGUGCAGCUUCUCGAGUAUACCUUAUUCUUCAAGUUAUUUGUUCUCAA